AAUGUGAUAUUUCACCCACCUCGUUCCUUCCAAAACUUGACCUUAUCUAGCAUAGUUUUCUUCUUCAAACUCGUCUCUGAGCAACAUCUUCCAUUCCGUUCUUGUUGCAUGAAAACUUGUAAACCACUUUCUUUUACACUCAAAUCUGAUGGCUUUUCAUGACCCAGAAAUGGCCUUUAACGCCAAAGACAACAUGCAACAAAGAUUUGACAUUCUUCACAUAGCAACAACAACAACAACAUCAGCUUCAACUGUUGGUAAUCCCCCUCCUUCUCCUCCGCCUCCACCACCAACGUGGCUCAACAACGCGAUUCUCCAGCAACAAAACGAUGACGUUGACCACCACCACCACCACCACCCGGGUUCUGUUUCGGCACCCAACAACAACAGUGAUAGUAAUAACUCUAGAGAGGACUGGGAGAGCGUAAAAUGUAAAGCUGAGAUAUUAGGACAUCCUUUGUAUGAACAACUUUUGUCUGCACAUGUGUCUUGUUUAAGGAUCGCCACGCCUGUUGACCAGUUGCCCAGGAUAGACGCUCAGUUGGGUCAGUCUCAGGAUGUCAUCGCUAAGUACUCAGCUCUUGGAAAUGGAGUUGGACACUUGGUUGAUAGUAAGGAGCUCGAUCAGUUCAUGACGCAUUAUGUUCUGUUGCUCUACUCCUUUAAAGACCAAUUGCAACAACAUGUCCGUGUUCAUGCAAUGGAAGCAGUAAUGGCUUGUUGGGAGCUUGAGCAAUCUUUGCAAAGCUUAACAGGUGUAUCACCGGGUGAAGGCACAGGUGCAACUAUGUCAGAUGAUGAUGAAGACCAGGCAGAUAGUGACUUAAACUUGUAUGAUGGAAGUCUAGAUGGGUCUGAUAGUAUGGGAUUCGGUCCUCUUGUUCCAACUGAAACCGAGAGAUCAUUGAUGGAGCGUGUUCGGAUAGAACUAAAGCAUGAGUUAAAACAGGGUUAUAAGGAGAAGAUUGUGGACGUUAGAGAAGAAAUUCUAAGAAAGAGAAGAGCUGGAAAACUGCCAGGUGACACCACCUCACUCUUAAAAGCUUGGUGGCAGUCACAUGCUAAGUGGCCAUACCCAACAGAGGAAGACAAGGCUAAAUUGGUGCAGGAAACUGGCUUGCAGUUAAAGCAGAUAAAUAACUGGUUUAUAAACCAAAGAAAAAGGAAUUGGCAUAGUAAUCCUUCAUCUUCUACUUCUUCCAAGAGCAAACGCAAGAGUAAUGCAGGCAAGUCUAGCAGUUUUGCGUAAACGAAGGAUUGAAGCACGACUACUAGUUUUCACUUCAUGUCCAAAUCUUGGUGGGAAGCAAAAUCAGAACGCUUAUUAGAGGUAAAUAAGACUGAAAGGGAAAGUUAUGAAGACUGUUGGCAUAUAUCUCUAGCAAACUAGGCUGCCUUUUUAUACUUACAAUAGCACUUGACUCAAAACUUAGAUUGAUUCUUAUCAUGUAUAGGUAUGCCUGACGAUGUCAAUGCUUUUUCAUUUUAGAGGUUCAAAUUUCAAGCACUAUGAGAUUGGAACAAUAUUCUUCUUAGUAGCUUUUUCAGAUCAUGGUCCUGUCCUGUAGUUUGAAGAAGCUUUGCCUUUGCUUUCUGCUUUUUAUAUCUGGGAAUAAGAAUGCCUUUUCUACA